UGUGAAGUGCCUGUUUCGACAGUGGAGCGUGAGUUGGCAAACCUCUUUCAAUUUAUAACAUGUUUGUUUAUUUGUUCUAAGCUAAAUGUAGAGUAAACGUUUUUAAAGGCUCUUGAAAGUCUACUACUCUACUAGAUUCACUCUUGUGCUGCUUCUCUCUUGUUUAGUGGUUUCAAGUGCCACCAAGUGUUCACACUGCACUGUAGAUCAGUGUAUCCAGGUGAAAAGCUUGAUUAGUCAGGUCUGUACAGGUAGGUAACUACUACAGAACAGGAGGUGAGUUCACAGUUGUUGGGAGUAAACAGAAACUUCGCGCUUCCUGGAAUAUUUUACUUUUAUUGAUUUGACGAAUUAUAAUAUUUUGUCAUGCGGUGUUGUUGACUAUUGAUGAUAAGUGUUCUGAGUGUUUUUAUAAGGAAAUAUCAUAUCAAACACAGCUGUUAUCGGCGAACGUUCAAGGUGAAUGGCGAUGCUUUUGCAUUUAUUCAUACUGUAUCAACUGCUUCCCUGUGGAAACUUUGCUUGUAUGAGAAAGUUAUUACACACCACAGGGACGGAGGACCAGUCAAAAGAAGUUUUCCUGGAAGAGGAGCAGGCAAAUGCAUUCUUAGGACGCCAUCUAUUGGCCAACCGAUUUGACUUUGAGCUCUUCACUCCUGGGAAUUUGGAGAGGGAGUGCUUUGAAGAAGUCUGCAACUAUGAGGAAGCACGAGAGGUCUUUGAAAAUGUCCCUCAGACAGAUGACUUCUGGAAAAAGUACAAAGAGGAUUACGACUCGCGGCCAUCGCGGCUGGAUGUGACUGCCCUGCUUGUGGGUCUGAUCGUGGCAGGGGUGGCCAUCGUCAUCGUCGGCCUGUUGGUCUGGUACUUCUGCAAGGGGAGUUGUAAGGAUAACCUCUCACGUGCAGGCUCUGUCAGGGUGCGUCCAAGGCGCAGUAACGCCUCGCUGAUCAUGCGGAGACUGGAUGAGGUCUCUCUGCAGCCCGUGCUCAUGCCCCCACUCCCCCUGGAGGAGAUCGACCCCCCUGGCCUGCCCUCCUACGAGGACGCCAUCGGCAAAACCGGAACGCACGACGCCCCCCCUCCUCCUUACCCUGGGUCUCAACCUGGAAGUAUUCGACGAUAGCACCUUUGACCUCGCUGGAUGAAUGUCUCCAUAUUGAGCAUCAUCAAAUGCUACGAAAGAGGUUUAGAUCUAUCUACUUUACAUGGUUGUACUCAACCAUGCAUGUUCAAGAUGUGAUUUUAUUGGAUUGUAAUACCUUCUGAUAAUUGUAGAUCUGUGUGACUGAUUACCUCUUCCGUUACCUGCAAUGUUUAGCGUAUUUAUCUAUUUGUACAAAUGUUUAGCUAUUUUUCUGCAUGUGCCAAAAUGGAUUUCAUUACUUUAUUCCUCACUUACGUCAACUUUUGAGUUGGACCCGCUCUAACCCAUAACCAGUGAGGUAAUACUUGACAUGAUAUAUCUUAGUUUAACUGUAAGCUGGCAACUGCUCUGCUGUUAUGAACGGAAAAUGAAGCAUGAGAAACCG